AUUUUUGUGUUCGUGUUGGGAAGGUAUAAGGUCUACUGCCCUUCGUUACAUUUAUUAAAUCCUAAUUCCCAUUACAAUUUAUGUUUUUGUAGUCAGAGUCUUUGAUGUAAUGAUGUGCCUGGUGGAUUGAAAGUUUCGUGAAGGCAGAAUUUGAAAAGGUGCCAAUGGUCUUCUCAGGUUCCAUUGAAGCCAACAGACGCUCCGACAUACAAUGGAUGUCAGCAAGGACAACUCUAUUGUCAUGAAACGACAUAUAGGUGUCACUGGUGAAGGCCAGAAAAAAGAGGAGCAACUACCGAGCGGGAAUGAUGAGCCAAAGCAAGUUGAAAAUGGUGAUGUUAGGAAUGACGGAGACGGAGAAUCUCAAACUUGGUUCGGCCUACUACCAACAAAGACACGUAAUGAAGUCCCACUUAUAUUUCGUGAGCCUCACAUCAACACUGGCUUCCGUCAGCCUUACCAACCUUGGUACUACUACCUCCUGAGUGUAUUCCAGAUACACAAUGAGUCGGUUAAUGUCUUGACUCACCUGAUUGCGUGCUUGCUCAUGUUUCAAAAGGUCCAGAAGUUCACCGAAGCCGGAUAUGACCUGAUCGGCGACCCAUAUAUGUGGCCGCUGAUUGCUGGGUUCAUCGCAGGGUUUCUGCUGUAUGGCUGCAGCAGUUUUGCUCACUGUUUCCAGUCCAAGUCGGAGUAUUAUCACUACUUCUGUUUCAUGGUGGAUUACUCUGCUAUUGGCGUGUAUGGAUUUGGCUGUGCUCUUCUCCACUUUCAUUACAGUGCAGAUGAAGAGUUCUACUAUGCUGCGAAAUCGUUUUUUAUUCCUGUCGCUACGUUUAUGGGAUUCUUCACAUGUUUUGGUAACAUGCACGGUAAAUUGACGUAUACACGUCCGUACCCAUUCACAAGAAAACUCUGGCAGAUCGGAUCGGUUGCUGCAAUGUACGCCUGGUUGAUUCUCCCCAUCGUACAUCGAUUCUUCGAUUGUCGAUUCUACCAAGAUGAGCGACAUUGUGAUCGAAGUAUCAAUGCACAUCUGCGACAAGUUUUCUUCUUUCUGACUAGUGGAAUAUUCUACGCGUCGGACAUACCUCAGAAGUUUUUCCCGGGCUGCUUUGAUAUCGUUGGCCACAGUCAUCAGAUCUUUCACGUCUUCAUAGCUCUAUGUAGUUUGUCUAAAUUAGAUGCUAUUUUCCUGGAUAUCCAGGAUAACUAUCAGUACAUCAUAAAGCGUCCACAGCCUACCUUUCUCUCGUCUUUCAGCUCUCUCAUUAUCAUCAUUUCUUUAGAGAUUGCCUGGGUAUUGUACAACAAGCAGAAAAUUAUGAAAAAGGCGGCAAAAGAAGUUUGAUGUUACAAGGUACAUUUUGACAAUGGCUAGCUCUGCCCAUUCUCUGCUGACAUGUAUUGUAAGGUAAUGUGGUACAGUUAUAGCUCUGGUACGCUUGUAGCCUCUGUGUACAAUGGUGUGUACUGUCAGCUGUUUUCUACACUGUAGGGUUACAGUUGUACCGGUUCUAUAAUUGUACCACUUUAAAUUAUAUGUAUCUAGUUGCCCUGCAUAAUAUUGCUUAAGAAAAGUGACACUUCAAUAGGUUCCUCAGGAGAAGUAGGGCUAACUGCUGCCUGUGGUUAUCUAAUAUUAUGUAUUGUGACAGAGUUCCUGUGUACUGGCUCUGUAGUGUAUGUAGUAGUACAUUUGAUAAGAUGUUCCUGUACAUUUUCUUAAGCGCUGUGACGGCUGAUUGUGGAGUGCCCUACUUCUUUAAACUUUGACAGAGCAGGGGCCGUUACACUGGCACAGAAGUUUCACGAAGGGGUUGAUUGCACUAUCUUAUUUGCGGAAGAGUUUGAUUGUGUCGAAAUAUUAAUUAUAACAUAUCUUCAGCCUAUUGGACAAGAGCUACUCAUUUAGGUACCUUGAAAACUUGUGAGAAUUGUGAGAAUUAGGGUGAAAGUGUAACUGAGAGGUAGAGCUGACUGACCUGUCUUACUCAAACUGAUGAUAUUACUUUUGUUAAAGAGAGAUUACGUCGAUUAUGGUGACACCAUGGACCGAAAAGUAAAUGUGAUAGACAAACCAGGGUGAAUCUUAUUGCAUUUGCUUUUUCCUCGAAAAGUUGUUUUUGUUCUCAGUGGCUGCAUGACAAAAUUUUCCUAAUUGGUUGUGGACCAAGUUCACCAUUUGGCUAUAAGAAUUCCUGCAUUUUCAAUGCAUAGAAUGUAAUAAAAUUGAAGUUUUUUGCUGCAAGGGUACCGCUUGGUCAACAGUAGCCGAAAUAACUCUUCGAGCACUGGUACCAAUAGUGUAUAACAUGGGUUUCUCUUGUGUGCAGCUGUAAACUCGAGGCUCGUCAGGCCUGGAAAAAUAAAAGGUUGUGGACAUGCCAAUUUACUUCUGAAGCCGACUGUAAUUGUUUAUGGUAUCGGCUUCUUGGCGUGUAAGAAAAAGCUCAGACUUUGCUCAAUAGCCUACAUCUCAGAAAAGUGCUAGCAAAACUAACGUAGGCCAAGUCCCAGUCACAACUGACAUACCCUCUGCUUUGCAUAUGCUGCUCAAAACUUAUGUUCUGGCGCUGCAGGCAGCUUAUGCACUGGUUGCGUGCAUAUCACUGUGGAGGUUUUGCAAAUGUUUUUCAUGACAUAUGCAGAAGAUACACCAAUCCUACUCUGCAAAAGUUGCUCAUAAGUUGCUCAUA